ACAACAGUCAGUUAGGAAAAUAACUUCGACACAAUAAAAAAAAAAAAAAAAAAAAGUUUGGACAGGAACGAAAUAAGACCAAAAGGCUGAAGGAUAGGUCAGUGCGCAGAGAGGGGACUAAAAUGAAUACUUAGCUCUGUUAAUCUGUAAGGCCGCAGAGUAUCCGCUAGAGGUCACUGUUUAAUAUUUUACCAUUACAAUGGAUUCGGCAGAAAUAGAAUUUAUGAAGUGUUUGUAGACGAGUAGAAAAAAGUAAUCUAAUUACAUUGGUCAGGACAUGGUCGGCUGACAUUGAAUUAACAAACCUUUCAUUUUAUCAAAACAAAGCUGUUGCAGAUGACACACUGAAGGCUAAAGAUCACAUGACAGAAGAAGUUUGUGUUGGACUGUAACCAUCUCCCACAUUUCAACUCUCAGUUUACAUGUACUUCGCCCACGCGGACUCGAUUCCACCUGGUUUGUUGAGAAAGAGUCUUCAGGCCAUCAGGACGGGUCACCUCCCCUUGUCUCACCUCACCUAAUUAACAUUCCAGUGCAGGACAGCAGGGCCGCGUCCCAAAUCCAGCACAGGCAUGUCUCCUCCUCCACCAAAGCUCACUCUUUAUUAGCCUCCGUAAAUACAGGCUGAGGUUUGAUGAGCUGUGAGGGGCCGCGUACUCACUGCAGUCAGUGACAGUGGGACUGGUGUCAAUCACUGAACUAUUGCUUCUUUUCACUUUCUCUGUUUAGUACUUUUAUCUUAGUUUUAAAGGUAGAAUCUGCACAAAGUGGUUUUAAACAACUAGCAUGUAGCCCUCUCUCCUGUAGGGGGAGCUAUGGAAGUGCUUAAAUGCACUGGUCUGUAACUCUCAGCUUUUUUUAUUUGAUUAAUUUUCAGCUUGGAAGAAUUGGAAUGCUCCGCUAGAUUUAAAAAAAACAAUGAUGAAUGCUAAUGAGUUACCUUUAAGGAAAAAGGUUAUUUCCACAGGACAGCCUCAGGCUAAUGCUAUACUCCCCGUUACAUAAGCAUUGAGCUCCCAUUCAUCUGUUAAAGUUUAAAUUGUAUUAACUGAUUUGUGUUGUAACAUUAUAUUGUCAUUCUUCUACAAGGCCUAGCUAAGCUAAAACAUAGCCGUGCUCAUUUACGCACAUUUCAUUUGUUUCAGAGGUAGCUCCCAGCUUUCAGGAUGUAGUGCUGCCAUUUAACGUGCAUUUUUUUCUUUCCUACAGAUAUUUUCUUCCAUAUAAGAGACAACAAUAAUAACAUUCAGUGACCUUUACAGUGUGACUUGAAAAGCGUGGUAAUGAGUGACUGUUUGGUUGUCUUUACUGCUCACUGUUAACACUGCACAUCUACUGUAACAUUAGCCAUGACUGACAUCUGAGCUCUGCCCUCUGAGCUUCAGUCAAUCUUUUUUCCUUUUUUGCCCUUUUGUCAUUUUUUCUCUCGUCUAAAUUUAGCCCAGACCAUGAGACAGGCCUGGAAUAGGAACUGCCCCCCCUACCCCACCCUCUCAUUCCCUCUCUUCAGCCCCCCACACUGAGUCUCCUGACGAGCACAGCUGGAGCAGGUUCAAAGGAAGACAGAGGGAAGACAAGAUGACAACGGCUUCUAUCACCACCAUCACCUGCUCUCUGUGGAGCAAUUUGUUAUAGAGUUGUCACUCUGAGCUUCCAUAUCUUGUCCUGGGAUAAAGAAAGACGGGGUCAAGUGUCAUGAGGAUCCAGGUUUUGGUCUGCAUGUCUACGUUAGACUGUCUGAGAGGACAGCUGCCUGUGAACCAGUCUGCUGUGUAUUCCCUGACCCUGGAAUGGAAUAACAGUAACCUAGCAGCGGUCAUGGAGUGAUGUUGGAGACCACCUUAUCUCCUGGGACAGUUGGAGUCGAUGCCCGAUAAUGGACGGAGGAGCUUCUCCAAAGACUGAAAGUUCAGCCUUCGCCAACACAUGUUUUGUCUGAUGAACAGUCCAGGUGGAGCGGACAGGAGCGGGGCCAUGGGGAUGAGACACGGCACCAAAACACGACAGCUCUCCAAACCGCUGCGUAAAAUAUACUUCACUUUUAUUCUGCUGCUGCUCAUCUUCACACCGAGAGUGGAUUCUUCCUGGUGGUACAUUGGAGCUCUCGGCACUCGAGUGAUCUGCGACAACAUUCCCGGCCUAGUGAACGACCAACGGCAGCUCUGCCAACGACAUCCAGACCUGAUGCAGGUCAUCGGCAACGGAGCUAAGGAGUGGAUCACAGAGUGUCAGCACCAGUUCAGACACCACCGCUGGAACUGCAGCACCAUGGACCGAGACCACACAGUGUUUGGCAAAGUGAUGCUGCGAAGCAGUCGAGAGGCAGCGUUUGUGUAUGCCAUGUCCUCGGCAGGAGUGGUCCACGCAAUCACCACGGCAUGUAGUCUGGGGGAACUGAAGAUUUGCACUUGCUACAAUCACAAGCGUGGGCAGGACAGUGACGACAGAGGCACCUACGACUGGGGCGGAUGCAGUGACAACAUCAACUAUGGAAUAAAAUUUGCCAAAGCCUUCGUCGAUGCCCGGGAGAGUAUGGUGAAAGAUGCCCGCGCACUGAUGAACCUCCACAACAACCGAUGUGGUCGGAUGGCGGUGAAGCAGUUCAUGAAACGAGAGUGCAAGUGUCACGGGGUCAGUGGCUCCUGUUCUCUGAGAACCUGUUGGAUGGCCAUGUCUGACUUCAGGCAAACUGGAGACUAUCUCUACAAGAAGUACAACAGUGCCAUCGAAGUGACCAUGAACCAGGACGGCACUGGGUUCAGGGUGGCUGAGCGCAACUUUCAAGGAAGCACCAAGAAAAAGUUAGUGUACAUCGAGAGCUCGCCAGACUACUGCCUUAUGGACCGUGCAGCAGGCUCCUUGGGAACGGCAGGCCGAGUGUGUAACAAGUCGUCCAGAGGCACAGACGGCUGUGAGGUCAUGUGCUGCGGCCGGGGCUACGACACCAUGCGGGUCAAACGUGUCACCAAGUGCGAGUGUAAGUUCAAGUGGUGCUGCGCGGUGGAGUGCAAAGAUUGCGAGGAAGUUGUGGACGUUUACACCUGUAAGCCCCAUAAGCGUCCUGAUUGGCUGGACGUAACCUGACCAAUCAGCCAGCGCUGAGUCCGUAACCCCCUCUGACUGCAAUUUUUCACAAGACACUUCAGUGAAACUCAGGCUUUUCCUCUUUUAGCUCCCCCUGAGGUGAACACAGCAGUACUUUCUUUGCGGAUGCUGAAGUGUCGAAGCUUUAGUUUUAACCACGCAGAGACUCUACACACAGUGGCUGGAUAUUAUUGGUAUUCUGUCAGUAAAUCUGCACCAUUUCUUCAAAAAGGACAUGACUUAAAACUAAUGAUCAUAAUAAUGAUUAUCAUUAUGGUAAUACUGUAUGUUUGUAUUUAGUGUAUUUAGUUGAAGGACUGAUAAUUUUUUUUUUCUCAAAUAUUAGCUCAAAACACUGAUACUUCUUUGAAACACGAAUUAUAUAUAUAUAUAUAAUUAUAAUA